AUGCAGCAUUCACCAUUUAUUUUCUUUGUCACCUUGUUCAUUGUCACUUCUCUUGGGGUCUCCCAAGUUAUUGAUUGUAAACCUGGAUAUGGAGGGUCAAAAGUUGCAAGUACCAUAGUUGUUGAUCAAUCCGGAAAAGGAAACUUCAGAACAAUUCAAGCAGCCAUUGAUUCCAUCCCAACAAAUAACUAUCAGUGGAUCAAAGUUUAUAUCAAUCCUGGCACCUACACCGAACAAGUGACCAUUCCAGUUGAGAAGCCAUGUAUUUUUCUAGAAGGACAAAGUCGCAGCCUCGCAACGAUUACUUAUAGUGCACAUGAAAGAACUGAUCUUAGUCCUACCUUUACCUCAAGACCAAGCAAUAUUGUAGCAAAGGGUAUUACCUUCAAGAAUUCUUACAACCGUCAAUUGAUGCAAAAAAACUACAAGGGAGACACAUUGCCUGGUGUAGUUCCAGCAAUAUCAGCAGCAAUUUAUGGUGAUAAGUCUGCUUUUUAUGAUUGUGCUUUCCUUGGGUUCCAAGACACCUUGUGGGAUGCCGUAGGCAGGCAUCACUUCUCUAAUUGCUACAUUGAAGGAGCAGGUUGUGAGAUAAAUGUUACCGGUGAUGGUUUUAUAACAGCUCAAGGUCGAGAAUUUCCUUACGAGAAUAGUGGGUUCGUUUUUAGUCGUUGCAUUGUUUCUGGACUUCAAGGUUUUCGAGCUUACCUUGGGAGAGCCUAUAGACCAUACGCAACAGUGAUAUUUCGAGAAACAAUUUUAUCAGAUGUGGUUGAGCCCUUUGGGUGGGAUGCUUGGAUUUAUAAGGGACACGAGGGUAAUUUCACGUUUGCAGAGGUUGAUUGUAAAGGACCAGGAUCAGAUACUUCAAAGAGGGUGCCAUGGGAAAAGAAACUUGAUGCACGCCCGCUCGAGAAAUUUUCGAAAUCAUCCUUCAUAGACCAAGAUGGGUAUGAAAAAUCGUCAGGUUUCCCUGAACUAGCAUAA